AUGGCGCCUAAACCCUUCUUCCUGCCAACGCCUGCCACCUUGCAGGUUGGUGGUGGCGUGACCGUGCAGAGCAGUGAGCGCUUGGGUUUGCACUCAAGACCACCCGGGGUGUUUGGCAAGGGCCACAGUCCCCGGCCCGGGGGGCCUGCCCGUACUGUCGGCAGUGGUGGGGUGUCCCCAGCUGCUCCGCCUUCACAGGCCGCAGGGCCCCAGCUGCGGCGGCUUCGGGCCCUCGGAAUGGUGCCGUGCGGUGCGGUACGAGUCUCCGCCUCACGUCGGGAGACUGGGGACCGGGAGACAGCGAUCCCGCUGUCGCCCGCCGUGCCGGACCUCCGGACUUGCGGUCCAGGAACGCUCUCGUCCUCCCCCCCACCCCCCAACCCCCCUGCUGCCCUGGAUACCGAGGGGCUGAUCCAGGCCAUCCGCAGGAUCAAGGAGUCCGUGCCUGGGCCGCCGAGUCCAGCCAGACUUCCUUGUUCUGUGUCCCCAGCCACUGGAGAGGAAACCCACCCGCACCUGGGCGCCUGGAGGCCAGCCCCCGGGGCAGCUCCUGUGGUCAGUGGUCCAUCCUGCGGGGAGUCCCGCAGCCCUGACUUCUCCCGGCCGGUGGGCCCCGCUCCAGGUCGGGGCGUUUGUGGUAAUGGGCCCGAGUGCCAGGCAUGGACGGGGACGCUGCUGCUGGGCACGGGCCUGCUGUACUGCGCCCGGGUCAGCGUGCCCGUGUGCGCCGUCUCCAUGAGCCAGGACUUCGGCUGGAACAAGAAGGAAGCCGGCGUCGUGCUCAGCAGCUUCUUCUGGGGCUACUGCCUGACUCAGGUGGUGGGCGGCCACCUGGGGGACCGGAUCGGGGGUGAGAAGGUCAUCCUGCUGUCCGCCUCCGCCUGGGGCUUCAUCACUGCCGCCACCCCGCUGCUCGCCCGCCUCAGCAGUGCUCACCUGGUCCUCAUGACCUUCUCGCGCAUCCUCACGGGCUUGCUCCAAGGGGUCUACUUCCCGGCGCUGACCAGCCUGCUGUCACAGAAGGUACGAGAGAGCGAACGUGCCUUCACCUACAGUGCCGUGGGGGCCGGCUCCCAAUUUGGGACGCUGGUGACGGGGGCCGUGGGCUCCCUGCUCCUGGACCGGUACGGCUGGCCUAGCGUCUUCUACCUCUCCGGCGGGCUCACCCUGCUGUGGGUGUGUUAUGUGCACAGGUACCUGCUGAGUGAAAAAGAUCUCAUCCUGGCCUUGGGCGUUCUGGUGCGAGGCCUGCGGGUGUCCAGGCGCACCAAAGUUCCCUGGAGACAGCUUUUCCGGAAGCCCUCUGUCUGGGCAGCCAUCUCCGCUCAGCUGUCGUCCGCGUGCGCUCUCUUCAUCCUCCUCUCCUGGCUGCCGACCUUCUUCAAGGAGACGUUCCCUAGCUCCAAGGGCUGGGUCUUCAACGUGGUGCCCUGGCUGGUGGCCAUCCCCGCCGGUCUGUUCAGCGGGUUCCUCUCUGACCAUCUCAUCAAUCAGGGUUACAGAACCAUCACUGUUCGGAAGUUCAUGCAGGUGAUGGGCCUUGGCCUGUCCAGCGUUUUUGCCCUGUGUUUGGGGCACACCUCGAGCUUCUGCAAAUCUGUGGUGUUUGCAUCAGCUUCCAUCGGCCUGCAGACCUUCAACCACAGUGGCAUUUCCGUCAACAUCCAGGACCUGGCUCCAUCCUGUGCCGGCUUUCUGUUCGGUGUGGCCAACACAGCUGGGGCCUUGGCAGGUGUCGUGGGCGUGUGCUUGGGAGGCUACCUCAUCGAGACCACGGGCUCCUGGACGUCCAUGUUCAGCCUGGUGGCUGCCAUCAGCAGCCUGGGGCUGUGCAUCUUUCUGCUGUUUGGAGAGGCCCAGCGCGUGGACCUGAGCCCUACCCACGAGGACCUCUAGCCGCCUCGGCCUGACGGUUCCCCGAGGACCCAGUGCUGCCCGCCUCGGGGCGUCGGGCUGUGUUGAAGAGCCUCCCACUCCUGAUCCCGGGUGUGUGAGCAGAGGGGGACGGGCCCCAGCAGAGCCCGGGCAGCCCUGGUGGGCCUCAGUCUCUCCACCUGCCAGUGAGGUGAUCACGCCCUCCCCCGGGGUUCGUGGGCUGGCAGGGGUGAAUGGGAUUGGUAUUUUGAGUAGCAGCUGCACUGUCACAGUCUGUCCCACGUAGGUCUGCGUGCCCACGUG